CCCCCAACCCCACAUCACCAUGUCCACAGAUCUUGAGAUCAGAGUGCCAGUGAUCAAGAUAAAUGCUGAUAUCAGCACAGAUGAGCGGUGCACAAGUCGAGAAGUAGAAGAGUGCCACACCCCAAGAUCCCCGCAGCACAUGAUUCCCACAACCCUCAGCUGCCCGCCCGCACCGAGGAAGCGACGGCGCUCCGCCGCAUGCAAGAGGAAACUGUGGGAGCUGGAGUUCUUCGAGACGGUGGCGAGGGAGGAAGUUGAAUCGCUAUUCACAACGGCUGAAGAGGGGCACUUCAAUGCCUCCACCAAGAGGAAAUGUGUAAUGUGAUAAAAAAAGGAUUUUUAAUUAUGGAUUUUUUUUUUAUAAUUUUAAUAUAUGUAGUUUUUGAGCUUGGAAAAAUUAAUGUAUAGAAAUUAUGUAUGUAGGUUUACACGUUUUAAUUUUUAUAUAUUUGUGAAUUAUUGAUCUGAAUUAUAGGAUUUUUAUAUUAAUAACUAA